AACUUGCGGAAAGCCUUCUUCGAGAAGUUACCACAAAAAUGGAAACAAAUACUCAUAGAUCAGAUGAACAAGUUUCGGCCGAAGGAAAUACCAUUAAAAAAUCUGACAAUUCAGAAAGAAUGGUGGGGGAGACAUCAAAAAAUGUGGAAACCGAUACAAUCGAUGAUAGAAACUUAAAUAGUAAUAAUUCUUGGCGUUCUAACUGUAGUUCAGAUGUUGUACGAAUUGUUCCGGAUAAUUCACGAAUAACAACACCGAUUGUUAUUAAAAAUGAGAUAGAUGUUAAACAAGACUUGGAUAUAAAUGAUAUGGAAAUAGUAUAUGGUACCUAUGACGAAACUACCAAUUCUAUAACCGUUAUUUAUCCCGGUCAAGGAGAUAAUAUAGCCUACAAGAAUGCGUAGAAGAAAUAAGUAGUUGUGAUAAUGCUUAUCAUGUC